AAAUAUCAAAAAAUGGUGUAACUGAUAACCAUAGAUUUGAUUUAUUAAGUAGUGAACUGAAAAUAUCAGCAGAAGAGGAUGCAAGACUUGGUUCAAUAACUGAAGAAUUAGGAGUAGAGACUAGAGUAGAACUUUAUUUAAAAACUACAAUUGAGUUGAAAAAUGAUGAAUCAUAA